AACGACAAGUACAUGGAAGAUUACAAGAAAUUUGUUAAUGACUUGAUCGAGAAGAACUAUGCCGAGAGAGUCAAAGACAGUCACCUCAAAACCGCUGGGCAAACCUGGUACAUUCCACAUCAUGGAGUUUACCACCCCGUCAAGCCGGACAAGAUUCGUGUAGUGUACGACUGUUCCGCAAAGUUUCGAAACGCCUCACUGAACGAUCGUCUUAUGCAGGGCCCAAACCUCACCAGUUCUCUCCUCGGCGUUCUGAUGAGAUUCAGAGAACGGCCAUUCGCAGUCAUGGCCGACAUCGAGAAAAUGUUUUACCAAGUGCGCGUUCCAUCAAGGCAAAGAAGUCUACUACGCUUCCUGUGGUGGCCUGACGGUGACGUAAGAAAGGAUCUGCAGGAAUAUCAGGUCAACGUUCACCUGUUCGGCGCUGUCAGCUCGCCUUCAUGUGCAAGUUUUGCGCUGAGAAGAUCGGCACAGGAUUUUGGUAAUGACUUCCAUACAGACGUCAGACACAGUAUCGAGAGGUCAUUCUACGUCGAUGACUUUCUGAAGUCAUGCUCAACGGCCGAAGAACUGAAGGAUGUUACUCAAGGAGUGAGAGAAUGUUGUGCUAGGGGAGGUUUCCGAUUGACCGGAUUCGUGAGUAACAGCCCUGAAACGCUGAGUGGGCUGCCCGAGGUGGAUUGUGUCUUCCCUGACAAGGUAGACCUUACUGGAGAUAGCCCUAUGCCACAGAGGGCUCUUGGCGUACAAUGGAAUGUUCAAAACGACACGCUCAGUUUUCGUAUCGAUAUCCGAAAGGGUCCAGCAACCAGAAGAGGAAUUUUGGGGACCGUCAGCGCAGUGUAUGACCCUCUAGGCUUCGGAGCUCCAUUCAUUCUGCCGGCGAAAAUACUACUCCAGGACCUCUGCAGGAUGAAGUUGGACUGGGAUGAACAAAUACCGGCCGUCCAUUUGAGAAAAUGGAACGAAUGGUGUCGGCAGUUGGAACAGUUACACGCAUUUUCCGUGCCCAGGAGUUUGACUCCGAACGUUCCAAUACAUGGACAUCAGCUUCAUUUGUUCGCCGAUGCCAGCGAGUCCGCCUAUGGGGCAGUAGCUUACUAUGUAACAACUGCAGAUGACGGGUCAGUGCAUACAGCAUUUCUUAUGAGUAAGUCGAGAGUAGCUCCACUGAAGACAUGCUCAAUUCCACGACUAGAACUUGCGGCCGCCACAUUAGCGGUUCAACUCAGCACUCAGAUCCGUCAAGAAUUGGAACUGCCAAUAGAGGAAGUGUUUUUCUGGACCGACAGCAUGUCAAACAUGAGAUACAUCAAUAACGAGACAUCUCGAUUUCAAACAUUUGUAGCAAAUCGUCUGACAAUCAUUCAUGAUGGCUCCAAACCGCACCAAUGGCUGUAUGUGCCGUCGGCGUUGAAUACGGCCGAUCUUCUGUCGCGUGGUAGCUCAGCACGGGAACUGAACGAGUCCGAUUGGAUUGGUGGGCCAGCGUUCCUCAAACGUCCGAAGUCAGAGUGGCCGGAACAGCCAGACCUCAGAUCCAGCUCGGAUGCUGAGCCACUGGAAGUGAAGAAACCCUAUGUGAAUGUCGUAGCUACAGACGAGGAUCACACCAUGCGCCUCCUACACAGUGCAUCGGAUUGGCACAAGCUGAAGACUCGAGUGGCCUGGAUACUUCGUUUAAAGGAUGUUCUCCGCAACCGUGACGCCAGAAAGAGAGGUCGUGCUGGUCUCGCGCGUACCUAUCAGUGUGCGAGAUUGACAGCAGAAGAGCUAACGAGAGCAGAAAUGGCCAUCGUCAAAUACGUACAAGAGACAUCCUUUCCAGAUGAGCUGUCUUGCUCAACAGUGAAAAAGUCCAGCUCUCUGUACAGACUGAAUCCAGCGAAAGUAGACGGCGUACUCAGAGUGGGAGGCCGCUUAGGAAAUUCACGACUAUCACCGUCAUCAAUCCACCAGAUCAUUCUGCCGAAGAAAGGCCAUGUCACAGAUCUUGUCAUCCGAGAUAUGCACGAGCGCAGAGGUCAUUCAGGCAGGGAACAUGUUCUGGCAGCAUUACGUUGCAAGUAUUGGAUAGUGGAUGGCAACUCAGCGGUCCGCAGAGUUCUCUCCAAGUGCGUUCGCUGCAGGAGGCUGCAGGCCCCCCCGGUCACGCAGAUCAUGGCAGACCUGCCAGCAGAGAGAACGACAGCGCACAUGGGUGCGUUCAGCCAAGUUGGAACGGACUUCUUUGGUCCAUUUUAUGUGAAAAUGGGUAGAAAACAGCUCAAGAGAUAUGCUGUUUUAUUCAGCUGUCUUUCCAGUAGAGCUGUACACAUAGAGCUAUGCGAGAGCCUCGACACCAGUUCAUUCAUCAACGCAUUGCGGCGUUUCCAGGCUCGGAGAGGUCAGGCUACGCUUAUACGGUCGGACAACGGUACCAACUUUGUGGCGGCCGAGAAAGAAUUGCGCGAAGAGUUGAAGAGACUUCAAGAGAAGAAAGUCCACGAAUUUCUCCUGAAGGAGGGUAUCACGUGGAUAUUCAACCCACCUGGUGCAUCAUCACACGGUGGGGUGUGGGAGAGACAAAUUCGCUCCAUCAGAAAGAUUCUGAAUGGGCUCCUUCGGGAACAAACGCUGACGGAAGAAUCGCUCCGCACGCUGUUGUGCGAGGUCGAGUCAAUACUGAAUUCGACUCCAAUCACCACCGUCUCAGGUGAUGCAACAGACUUGCAGCCGCUGACCCCAAAUGACCUUCUCCUGCUGAGGGGCGGUCCUACGCCAGACAGCCUGUUCACCGCCAGGGACAGCCGGUCUGCUCGAAGAUGGAGACAAAUGCAGUAUUUGGCCGAUAUCUUCUGGAAACGAUGGAUUCGGGAGUAUUUGCCGCUAUUACAACUGAGACACAAGUGGAACAAGGUGGAACGAAAUAUAGCAGUUAAUGACGUAGUGCUUGUCAUGGAUACGAGCACACCACGCUCCAGGUGGCCUCUGGGCCGAAUCAAAGAGACUUUCCCGGACCGGAAAGGCUUCGUCCGAUCUGCGAUGGUACAGACCGAGACGUCAGUUCUGAAGAGGCCGAUAUCGAAGCUCGUUCUCAUCUUGGAGGCAGAAUAGUGAGAACACAAAGAUAUAGCAUCUCUGUAAGGUGCUACUCGUCAGAGCACCAUGCCGCACCGAUCGCGAUGGUGACCAGAAAUAGUUGAGACAAUUGAUGGAUCGGUGAUGAGCCUUGUGUUGGUGCUUGUCAUGCUGACGUUCUAACAGUUGAAUAGUGCUUGUUUAGCGCGGUAGUAUUUAGGACCUGUUAUUGAACCAAAUAGGGCUCAAAUGUGGCAGGCGCUCAUUUGCAUGGCGCGUUAGAAAGUUGAUGCCACAAAGGUGACGUAAGUGUAUGCUGUACAGCGGUCAGCUUUAAUGGCAUGUGCAGUUGUGUAGUGAGUGUUGAGCCCUGAUCGGGUCAAGGUGGGGAGUGUUGCCGCCUCAUCACGUUAUUCCGAUACGGUAUUGUACAUAUUUGUAAAUAGUCUGUCAUGUGGCGGCGCCGUUAGUUAUAUUCGCGUGCGAUGCCCGCGAGAUUUAAUUUAAAUUUCCAGGUCAUCGAAAAAGGCUAAAAUUGGUGGGUUUUCGAUUGCUGUAUACGAUGCGUAGUUUUGUGUAUACUAAUUGAUUUAGCUCUGAGCCGUAAGAUGCAUAAAGCUUUAACGACAUGACAUGACAUGACAUAGAGAUGAACUAAGAUUUGAAUAAAUCAUUAGCU